UUUCAGUUAUUGAACGAAAGUCAUCAUCUUUCAUGAACAAACCUUCUACAGAUUCGCACUUAUCAGAUCCUCGAGCAUCCUGAUCCCAAUUCAAUUUCUCCUCCCUAGGGCUUCCCAAAUCGUCCAUCCCUCUUCCUCCGGUACGUCAAUUAUCAAGAUUCGAUCCCACAUCAAUCUCUCAAACCCCUAAAGUUACCUACAAACAAUGGCAGAGACUAUGGAGGCGGAGAUGGACUUCUCAGACGGUGAGCAAACCAACAGAGCUUCUCUCGUGGCUCUCUACGGCAACUCGUCCGUUGUUGAACAGCACCUCCCUGGCUACAUCUUCAUGUGUAACGGAAGAACCAAACCGGAUUGCUUCCGUUACCGAGUCUUCGGGAUCCCGAGAGGUGGGAAAGGAGUUGUCGAGCGGAUCAAACCGGGGAUGAAGCUGUUUCUGUACGACUUUGAGAAGAGGCUACUCUAUGGUGUGUAUGAGGCUAGUGUUGGUGGGAAGAUGGAUAUUGAGCCUGAUGCUUUUGAUAAGAUGUAUCCUGCUCAGGUUGGGUUUAGGAUUGUUGAGAACUGUUAUCCUCUGCCGGAGAGUACUUUUAAGUCUGCUAUCUAUGAGAAUUACAAAGGGGGAAAGUUUAAUCAAGAGCUUGCUCCUCACCAAGUGAUGUCUUUGUUAUCAUUGUUUCGUUCAUUUGCUGCUCCACAACUGGAUGCAUUACCUCAUAGGUUCGCUUCUGGAGCCUCAGCAUCAUCCAGGGAGCUAUCUUUCGAGGAACGGUUCAUUGCCGCUACACAACUUAAGAAAGCUUCGUCAGUUUUAGAUCCUUUGUCUGCUCGCUCACAUCUGUUUAAUCAUAGUUACUCCAGACAAGAUGGCGGCUACACAACCCCAGGGAGAGAAAGAGGAUAUCUCUCAAACUUGGAUCAGCCUUAUUCUCCUGCAGAAAGUCAGCAGCAACGGUUGAUAGGAGACCCUUCACGCUCAUCUAUACAAGAUCCUCAGCUCAAAUACCUUACCAUUUUAUCUAAUAUCCGGAGAUAUGGAAGUGCACCAGAGCCCUUGUCCUCGGAAAAUGAAUAUCAUCCGGAAGCACCAUCAGAGAAGGAUCAAUUUGCUGCACCUUAUUCUGAUAAGUAUUACCUUUCGACAUUACCUGGGAAUGAGCACUUGUCUGCAUCUGCAGCUAACGGGAGUGUUUAUAGAGGUGAGCUCUAUGCUUCAGCAUCACAAAACGAAAGGGAAGCUAGUCAGCAGCAUGAGACCCUUGCUGGGACUUAUUAUCACCCAGAAGCAUCUACAGCUCCGAAUACCACAGCGUCCAUGCAGGCAGUUAAUGCUGCAACAGCUGGCUAUCCUACACCGGCACAUGGUGAAGUCCCACAAGUAGCAACUGAUUACGCAUACAAACCUCAGACCGUAACGGGUAAUUACACCACCACUCAUUCACAGCGUGGGAGUGUGGGAGAAAGUACAGAAUCAUAUGCUGGAGCAGUUAGUUAUCCACCACAGCAACAUAGUCAACUCUAUGCUGGUGGACCUGGAUAUACUCAACAACCCCAUGAAACUGCGUACGCUCAUCAACCCUAUUCUGCAGCAACUGCGUACGCUCAGCAAAACCAUGCUGCUUCAACUGGAUACGCUCAGCAACCCCAUGGUGCAACAACUGGAUACGCUCAGCAACCCCAAGAUGCAGCAGCUGGAUACGCUCAACAACCCCAUGCUGCAACAACUGGAUACGCUCAGCAAUCCUAUGAUGCAGCAACUGGAUACGCUCAACAACUCCAAGAUGUAGCAACUGGAUACGGUCAGCAACCCCAUGCUGCAGCAACUGGAUACGCUCAGCAACCCUAUGCUGCAACAACUGGAUACGCUCAGCAACCCCAAGAUGCAGCAGCUGGGUACGCUCAACAACCAUAUGGUCAAGCUGUUGGAUACACAACGCAAUAUGGUGCCCAGGCUGUUGGAUACACGCCUCAAUACAGUGCUCAAGCUGGUGCAUACAGUCAACAAGCUGUGGCGCAAGGUUCUGUGCCAGGGGCUCCCAGGACAACUGAUUGGAAUGCUGCAAGCCAGGCAUAUGCUGCAACAGGAGACUGGAAUGCGGUGAAUCAGUCUUACUACCAUCACACAGCAGAUACAACCACAACCUAUAAUCAGACAUCUUGUGAGAAACAGUUUAAUGAUGAUGAUAUGAUGCUGAAAACCUCUUUGCAGGGUCUGGAAAACAUGUGCGUGGUGGAGAAGCAUGGAUGUGAACUAGUGCACUCACUGGAAAGAAUGGAACAAAGACAUAAAAGAAUGGGUAACUGCUUCUCCGAAGAUGUCUCCUCGGGACCUGGUGCUACAGCCAGCGUUAGUGGAGCUGCUUCCUCCUCCUCCGCUCUCGCCACUACAAACGACGCCGUUGAUUACUAUCUCAAGUCUCGUGGUUACAACGGUCUCUUCUCUCAGAUCGAGUUAUCUUUUUCUGCUACUAAUUUGCGAGACCGUGACGUGCUCUCCAAGAGUGAUCCUAUGGUGGUUGUCUAUAAGAAGGAAAAAGAUGAGACACUCUCCGAAGUGUUUCGCACUGAAGUUGUUUUGAACUCUUUAGCUCCUAAAUGGAUUAAGAAGUUUACACUCGCUUACCAUUUCGAGACUGUGCAGACAUUGUUGUUUCGUCUGUAUGAUGUUGACACUCAGUAUCAAAACUCAAGAGAGGAGAUGCUUAAGCUUGAUGAUCAGCAGUUUCUCGGUGAGGCAACAUGUGCAUUGUCUGAGAUAGUCACAAAAUCAACUAGGACGAUUACAUUGGAGCUAAAGCGUAAAGAAGGCUUUGCUGCACAGUCUCAGCCUCACCAUGGAAAGCUCAUCGUUCAUGCUGAGGAGUGCCUUGCUUCUAAGAUUACAACAGAGAUAGUAUUCAGAUGUUCGAGUUUGGAAUCUAAAGAUCUUUUCUCAAAAAGUGAUCCCUUUCUGGUGGUAUCAAAGAUUGUGGAGCACGGAACUCCAAUCCCAGUGUCUAAAACUGAAGUCAUGAAGAACAAUCUUAACCCUAUUUGGAAACCACUCUUCCUAAGUGUUCAACAAGUUGGUAGUAAGGACAGUCCACUGAUAAUAGAGUGCUCAGACUUCAAUUCCAAUGGCAAACACAGUCUGAUCGGAAAAGUUCAAAAAUCGCUUGCAGACUUGGAGAAACUUCAUUUGGCUGGCCAAGGAAUCAAUUUAUCUCUGCCUACAGGUGCUGGACAAAACAAGGUAUUAAAGAGCCAGCUUUUUGUGGAGAAGUUCACAGAGACUGUCCAGCACACGUUCCUUGAGUACUUGGCAUCAGGGUUUGAACUAAGCUUCAUGGUAGCAAUCGAUUUCACAGCUUCAAACGGCAAUCCUCGCCUCCCUGAUUCUCUACACUACGUUGAUCCUUCAGGACAUUUAAAUGCCUACCAGAGAGCUAUAGUGGAACUGGGAGAAGUGUUGCAGUUUUAUGACUCGGAUAAACGCUUCCCUGCCUGGGGAUUUGGAGCUCGUCCAAUAGAUGGUCCAGUUUCACAUUGCUUUAACCUCAACGGUAGCAGUUCAUACUGUGAGGUGGAUGGGAUUCAAGGAAUCUUGACUUCAUACACAAGUGCCCUCUUCAACGUCUCUCUGGCAGGACCUACCCUCUUUGGUCCGGUGAUAAACUCUGCUGCUAUGACAGCUAGCCAGUCUCUAGCUCAAGGCUCACGGAGAUACUACGUCUUACUAAUCAUCACAGAUGGUGUUAUAACAGAUCUUCAAGAAACAAAAGAUGCCUUAGUCAGUGCAUCUGAUUUGCCGUUAUCAAUCCUCAUUGUAGGAGUUGGAGGAGCUGAUUUUAAAGAGAUGGAGAUACUAGAUGCUGAUAGAGGAGACAGGUUGGAGAGCUCGACAGGGCGAUUAGCUUCACGAGAUAUCGUUCAGUUUGUGGCACUACGAGAUGUGCAACAUGGAGAGAUCUCUGUAGUACAGGCGCUACUUGCAGAAUUGCCUUCACAGUUUUUGACGUAUAUGAGAAUCCGUAAUAUGAAGCCUAUUCCUCUGAUGUGAAAGAUGGAUCGUGUGUAAAUGUUUUGCCAAAGGAAAGUGUACAUAUAACAAUACAUACUUUACGAAAUUGGCUUUUCUAUUUUCAUGUUCUUUUUCGGAGUCAAGGAUGUAAAAUUUUCAAAUGAAGCAACUGGUCAUGUGUGCAUCUUUCUUUGUAGUGACUAGUAAGCUUUUUGUGGUGUCUAGUUUAAUUAUUUUGAAUCAUAUCUUUUGGAUGAA